AUCAAGACAACAACUACUUCCCGUUGUUUGGUUUGGUUUUCUUUCAACUCAUUUGCUUGAUUCCUGAGAAUUUUGUUCUUUCUUUUUCUUCACUCGUUGCUUCCUUUUGUCACCCGAUUUAUUGUGUUCCCGAAGAAAUUCGGACAACUCUUGGUCGUGAAUUCACGGCCUUGCAUGAGUGAUUUGAAACCCUUUUGUUUACAAUGGAUUCAAUUAAGAUGCGAUAAAAGAUUAUCGGGAAAAUCUGGGUACGUAUUUUCUUUGAUUUUCCAUGGCUGAAAAGAGGGGAUCUCCCAUCACCAGGAUAUCUUUCUUUUGCUUGUUCUUAACAACAACGGUGAUGUUCGUGUUAACUUCAAGAAGCCGUCCCGCUGUAUUUGAUCCUAAAUCUUUUCCAACCGAGAAGCUUCUCACUGAUUUCAACAAUGGAGGUUCCCAAACAUCUAAUCAAAGCAACGUCGAAUCUUCAGACAGAUCCAACCGAGCGAUUCCCGUGGAUAACGGGAGGGAGGAAGGAGGGUUCAAAUUGAGUUGCAAUGGGAAUUUGAAAGAGCCAUUGAAGAUUUACAUGUAUGAUUUAGACCCUGAGUUUCACUUCGGAUUAUUGGGUUGGAAACCCCAAGGAAACCAAAUUUGGCCUGAUAUUAGAACAACAAUCCCAUCAUAUCCAGGUGCAUUGAAUUCACAACACAGCAUAGAAUACUGGCUGACAUUGGACCUCUUAGCUUCAGAAUUUUCCGAAAAUCCAAACACCCGACAAGCCAUCUGGGUAAAAAAUUCCAGUGAAGCUGAUUUGAUAUUCGUGCCAUUCUUUUCAUUCUUGAGUUACAAUCGGCAUUCGAAGGUGAUUCCCCCAAGUAAGAAGAGCAAGAACACGGAAUUGCAAACCAAAUUGGUCAAGUUUUUGAGGAAUCAAAAGGAAUGGAAAGUUUCAGGUGGGAGAAAUCAUGUGGUUCUGGCUCAUCAUCCUAAUAGUAUGCUUGAUGCCAGGAUGCAACUCUGGCCUGCAAUUUUCGUUCUUUCUGAUUUCGGAAGGUAUCCCAUCAAUAUAGCCAACGUCGAGAAAGAUGUGAUUGCGCCUUACAAACAUUUGAUCAAACGUUAUGUCAAUGAUUCAUCUGAUUUCGAUAGCCGGAAAACGUUGCUGUUCUUCCAAGGUGCCAUAUACAGGAAAGAUGGUGGAUUUGCUAGGCAAGAGUUGUUUUAUCUUCUAAAAGAUGAAAAAGACGUACACUUCUCAUUCGGGAGUGUCCAAAAUAAUGGAAUUCGCAAGGCAAGUGAAGGCAUGCAUUCAUCCAAAUUCUGCCUAAACAUUGCCGGCGACACCCCGUCAUCGAACCGCCUUUUCGAUGCCAUUGCUAGUCAUUGUGUUCCGGUCAUUAUCAGCGACGAGAUCGAGCUCCCUUACGAAGACAUUCUCGACUACUCCGAAUUCUGCAUAUUCGUCCGUGCUUCGGACGCCAUGAAGAAAGGGUUCCUCAUAAACCGGAUCCGGAGCAUCACGAAGGACAAAUGGACUCGAAUGUGGGAGACAUUGAAACAAGUCGAGCCUCUGUUUGAGUUUCAGUAUCCCUCCAAGGAAGGGGAUGCGAUUCAAAUGAUAUGGCAGUCGUUGGCUCACAAAGUGCCCGGUGUCAAGAUGAAAAUAAACAAGUCUAGGAGGUACGGUCGUUUUGUUCCUCGGACAAGGAGAGGGCUAAGAAUUACACCAGCGCCAAAAAGCUUCUAAUUAAUUAUAGGUUCUAACGAGCGUCAAAAGACAAGUAUGUGUCUAAUACGAGUAUUUAUCUUACUUUCAAAUAUUUUUUUGUAUGCUUUAAAGAUCACAUCUUUAUGUUUUUUUUGUUGUCGUCAAGUUACAAAGUUUCGCUUUGAUUAAUUUGGAUCGACUCGAGUCACACACUUGAUUUUGGUGAGUGAAUCUUUCAG